AUGGAAGAUGAAUGGUUUAUAGAGGUUCACAUUUUUAACGUACAAAAUCUUUCUCUUGCUACCAUAUCGAGUUAUGGACUAGUAAUCAACACGUUCACCGAGUUGGAAAGUGUGUACUUAGAUCAUCUUAUGAAAGAUUUGGGUCAUGGGAGGGUUUGGUCAGUGGGUCCAGUAUUGCUUCAAGAUGAUGAGGAGGAUAAUUCUUCUGUCCCAUCGCAAAGAGGCGGUGAAAUAUUGUCAUGGCUUGACACUUGUGACGAUAAUUCAGUGGUAUACGUAUGCUUUGAAAGCCAAGCAGUGCUGACAAAUAGACAGAUGGAAGAGCUAGCUAAGGGCUUGAAGAGAAGUGGGCUCAAGUUCAUUUGGUCUACAAAAGGACACGUGUCAACUGAUCAUGGCAAGAUCCCAUAUGGGCUUGAAGAUCAAGUGGCUGGAAGAGGUAUGGUGAUUAGGGAGUGGGCCCCACAAGUGUUGAUACUAAGGCAUCAAGCUGUGAGUGUAUUCUUGACUCAUUGUGGUUGGAACUCGAUUCUUGAAGGCCUGGUAGCAGGAGUGACAAUGUUAGCAUGGCCAAUGGGAGCUGACCAAUUUGUGAAUGCUAACCUUAUAGUGGAUGAGCUUAAGGUUGCUGUUAGAGUUUGUGAAGGUGCUAAAACAGUUCCAAACUCGGAGGAAUUGGUUGGUUUUUUAGCUGAAGUUGUGGGAUUGGAAGGAAAAGGAGCAGAAUUGAAGGCACGGGUGUCAGAGUUGCGUAAAGCAGCAUUGAAUGGUAUUAAAGGAGGUGGAAGCUCAUUCGAGAAUUUGGAAGAGUUCAUUAAGCAUUUAGGAGAAGAGGCUGCAAAAAUCAAAAGGUAAAGCAUACUUUAAUUUUCCAUUUUAUGGUGUUUAUGCGCAAAUUAAAGGGAACACCAGAAAGUCCGGUGCUCAUCUCUAACUUGCCAUUGUAAGCUCAUCUCUAACUUGCCAUUGUAAUUCUGUGUAAGAGAUCGAGAUGUAUCAAAUUUAGAAGUUUUAUAGAAUAAUAUAAUGGUUGAUGUUA